AUGAUUUGGACAGCCUGUGGCAUGCUGAGAGAGAAACUGGGGGCACAGAAGAGAAGCAAGCAAGGAAGAGAGGCAGCGCAGGAAGAGGCUGGAGGAGAGAGGAGGAGUGAAGAGGAUAGUAGUGUCAGUCCCAGUGAAGAGAUAGGAAGUGUGCUGAAGAAGCACGCCAAGAAGAAUGAGGACAUGCCUGUCAACGUGGAGUUCAACCUGAAGAAGAAAGCGAUCCCUGCAACACCCGCUACACAGCUCGUCGAGGUCCUUGUUAAGGCAUGCGAAGAGUUCAAACAAGAUCCUUCAUCUCACUGCUUGCGGCAUAAGAAGAAGUGCGUAUUAUCAGGGGAGCUCGACCUGGCGCUCCCGCUGCGACUGGCGAACCUUCCCAACGGGGCCUCUCUAGACCUACAGCCCCUGACAGAGCAAGAGCAGAAAGCUCGAGUCGUGUCUGUCACCCUGCAGCUGGAGGACGGCAAGAGGUAUCAGAAGGAGUGCCACUGCAGCACACUGCUCUUCGACGUGCUGCAGAACUUGGAGGACGUGUGUGGGGCAAGGCUGGUGACUGGGGUCAACAUGCUGCAGGAGUUGCCUUGCGUGACGGUCAUGAACAAGACGCUGGAAGGAGAGCAGCUCCGGAGCAGCUCGCUCCUCAGCAUCGGCCUCGUCUCCGGAGGAGCCUUGCUCAAGUACCGGCUCAAGAAGAACGAGGCGGCGGCAGGAGGGGAGCAAAAGCCGGAGCAGCCGGAUGCUGCCCAGCAGAACCCCAGCCAGCCCGACGAGAAGAUGGAUGACGUGGCAAGCUCUGCCGUCCCUGAGCCAGCAGAAGUCCCUGGAGGACAAGCGGCGAGCGAGGAACAGGGCGGGGCAGCGGUGAAACAACCGUCGGAAGACCUGCACUCGUUGGAAGCCUCGAAGAAGGCGAAGGAACAAAAGAGCGGUUUCAAGACAAGGAAAAUGAGAGAAGAGGAGCGAGAGCAGAAGCUGUCUGCCUAUCAGACUGUCGUCAUCCGAGUUGUCUUCCCGGACAGAACUUGGCUUCAGGGCAAAUUUUCGUCACAAGAGACGUUCUCUGACAUCUACAACUUCGUUCGCCAGGCACUUGUACAGAAAGAGAGGGCAUUCUACUUGUUCAUGACGCCUCCCCCCAAGAGGAUAGAAGACUCCUCUUCCACCCAGCUCAAAUACUCCCAGCUGCUCCCGGCUGCGAGGAUUCUGUUUGCAUGGAACGAGUCCAAGUCAGAGCCUGACUGCUCCUACUUGUCCUUCUCCUACAUGUCAAGGAUCGAAGAGUUUGAGGAGCAGAGCAAGAAGGCGAGGAUGGACGUGGAAGGAGGAGGGGAGGCUGAGGCAGGCGCAUCGGCAGAGAUGGACGCAGAAGCAUCCAAGGGCGAGGCCUCGGGAGGAGACCAGCAAGCCCCGGAACCUCCGAGGGUGGAAGACGAUCAGAGAGCAGCUGCGCUGCGUGCUGCUGAGAAACGAGCUGAAAGGGUCUCAGGGAAACCGAAGUGGUUCAAGAUGCGCUGA